CGGCCCUCAUCUGGUCAUCGACCCAGCUACUGCGGCCAGCGACUUCUCUCGUGGCUCAAGAGACGUUUCCAGGCAAGUCAGCAAUGGGGCCGUUUGGAAUGUGGGAGGAACAUCGGCUGCUCUAGGCCGACGGUCUAUGGCGACCCCCAAUGGCUCGGGCGGACAGUUUGCGAGUGGAACGACUGCACCGAUGUUUGCUGCCAAGUUUCUGCCCCAAGUUGCAUCGACCGAGGAACGUGAGAGACACAAGUCCAGGGUGGCUCUCGCCUUGAACAUUGACCCAGCAAGGAGACUGCUGAAAAAUUGCAAGCUCUGGCCUUUGCUUGAAUCCUUACCGAGCCCCUCCUCUCCAGACUAUGAGCGGUUUUCCCCGUUUGUUUGGAAAGACAAUGCCUGGAAGCGAGCCGAGAAAUAUCAGUGGACGGUUACAUCGAAAGAGGAUGAGAGAGUCGUCCCGAACCGUCCAUUUCGCAUCCUCGAUGCCCCCCUGCUCCGGGACGAUUUUUAUUGUUCGACGCUAGCAUACUCAACUAUUUCCGGCGUACUUGCUGUGGGACUUGGCCACCGCGUUUACCUAUGGUCUGAGCUUUGGGGUGUACAGCACCCACCAUUCAGCGAUCAACACCCCUCCAGCUAUGUGACAUCGUUGGCAUUUUCCUCCGAGAAUGGCGGCAAAAGCAUUUUGGCCGUCGGAAGGCAGUCGGGCAUGCUAUGUCUCUGGGGCACAUUGGAGCCCGAGGUCCGGUUUGAAAUUAGCCAUCCUGAUUCCAUCACUUGUUUGGCGUUCAGGCAGACCAAGACUCGGAGGCUAUCGGAGAGGCUCCGCAACAUCGAGGUGGACGUCGAAGAUCUCGCCGUGGGCGAUGACCUUGGUAAUGUAUGGUACUACUCCGUGGAAUGGCCCGAUGGUGAAGACCCGGAUCAAUACGAGUGGCAUGGAGCUAUGAUUCUAAUCGCCAAGAUCUCAGCGCACACCCAGCAGAUCUGCGGCAUCACAUGGUCCCCGGACGGAUCCUAUCUUGCGACUGGAGGAAAUGACAAUUGCUGUUUGCUAUUCGACCUCCAUGACAUCCUCCCUUCACGAGGAUAUAAGUAUUUAUCCCAGGGCUGUCCGUCACAGUCGUGUCAGUCGGAAGGAACAGACUGUACAGGCACAUUUUCCUGUUUUGCUGCGACUGCUCGCAAACGGCUUUUCCGACGACGCAGUCUCAUCAGCCAUCUCCUUCCACCCUGGGCGUUAUCCUGCACAAAGCCACUGGCUUCCUCGCUCCUCAACCAUACGGGGUCGCUGAUCGCCGGGGGUGACCGAACGGUCCUGAUCCCGUCCAACCGCCAGAGGCAUCGGCUCGCCCAUGGCGCCGCGGUCAAGGCGAUUGCAUUUGCCCCUUGGCAACCGUCACUUCUGGCUACCGGUGGGGGCUCAAACGACCGAGCCAUCCAUUUUUACCAUGCCCCGACCGGCGCGUGUCUGGCCACGAUCAAUGUGUACGCUCAGGUAACCAGCCUGAUUUGGAGCCGAACUCGACGGGAAAUCGUGGCUACGUUUGGAUUUGCACAACCCGAGCAUCCGUUCCGCAUCGCCGUAUUUGCCUGGCCGAGCUGCGCCCAGAUCGCCGCGAUCCCCUGGGGGCCGCAUGGCAGCAGCUGGGACAGUCCUGAGAACGACUUGCUGGUUGACUGUGGGCGUGCGCUCUGCGCCGUGAGCUAUCCCGGCCGCCCCCGUGACAGCGAAGAUUGGAGCCAAGAUCGCGAAGGUCAGUCCUCUACAUCCGGGGUGAUGCAUGACCGUUUAGCGGAACCAAGUCGGAGUGAGCCCAGCCGACGGAGCGCGAGUCGAGCAGUUGUCCAACCCCGGGCCAAAGAAGGGGGUCUCUGGUGUUCUCGCACAAUGCAAGAAGGGUGUAUCAUCGUGGCAUCCAGCGAUCAGAGUGUCAAGUUUCAUGAGGUGUGGAGCGGGCCCAAGCGAGGCACUGCUGUGGUGGCCGGGCCCCUGGGAGGCAGUGGGAUUCUCGAGGGGCUGGAGGGGCUGGAAAUCCUCGGGGACGAAAUCAUCCGUUGAUACAGGCAGGGCACAUCUUGUCACUAUUGAUUAGCGCGCCGAGGGCGGGUUAUCCUUACGGCGGGAGAGUCAUCAUGUAC